AUAAAUGGAUACACAUGCUGAGGUCAAAGUUGAGAAAAAUCAUAUUACCAAAUGGGAAAGAAGCAAGAGACUGAAGAAACUUUCUCUGUACUAUGCUUAUCCUAUGGUAAGAUAAGCCAUGAAACUGGCGGACCUAAUGUGCAAAUUCCCUUAAAACUUCCGCCGGCCUAAUCAGUCUAAUCUUGACUUUCAGUACGAAAAAGUGCUGGAAUUCGAGCAAGAAUUGAGCUCCAAACUACAAAUUAGCAGACCGGUGACUGAUUAAUUGCAGAGGCCGAAGACGAGGAGGGAUCUGAACUCUUUCACUCGUUGGAUAACGUGGUAAACUUAGUAGUCCACCAUGUGUCGUACAAGGCUUCUGGGAUGGACACGUCUGCUGGAGUUUUCUGCAGUUUGUGUCCUACUCCUUAACGGUGGUACAGCAGCCAAGAAUGAAGCUUGCACAGCUUCAGACUUCCAAGACGACCAUCACCGGGUACUUGCCGCCAAUCGUACAAAUAUGGUGAGCUCAUAUAAAAAAAUCUGGGAAAUUGUAUAUCAGGGAGUCUGGGGUCAAUCCUCGACCUGUAUGUGCAGCAGGAAAUUGGAUGUUCACAGUAGUGAAUGCUUGAAAAAGAUUAAACAUGAUUCUGAGCUCCAAAGUCUGUUCAAGAUACUUGAUGCUAGCUUCUUUAGUGAUAAUAAGGUACACGAGAUUGAAAAGGCAGCAAAAGAGUUUAAUGUUCCAAUUAUCAAAACCAAUCGAAAGUUAGUGGCUUCUGAAAAUGGAGGAUUGCAUUAUCCAUCUUAUUUGGUUUUCAACCCUGCACGGACAAAUGAAAGUUUACAGCAGGCGACCAAGAGGUUCAGUCAUCCUUCUCUUGAAGGUGUAAGGAGGCCAAAAAGUGAUGAAGAUAUUGCCUUCAUGAGUGUCCUUGAAUUGGGGCAACUCAUUAAAACAAAACAAAUUACAUCAGAGGAGCUAACGGGGAUCUUUAUAAGGAGAUUGAAAAGGUAUGGUCCUGUCCUUGAGUCAGUAGUCACUAUCACUGAGGAAUUAGCAUACAAGCAGGCAAAAGAGGCCGAUCAUUUACUUGUGAAAGGCAAAUACCUUGGUCCUCUACAUGGGAUUCCAUAUGGAUUAAAGGACAUCAUUGCAGUCCCACAUUACAGGACGACUUGGGGCUCAAAGACUUUUAAAGAUCAAGUUCUUGAUAUUGAAGCUUGGGUGUAUAAAAGGCUGAGGUCUGCUGGGGGAGUUCUUGUUGCAAAGCUCGUUUCAGGGUCACUGGCGUACGAUGAUAUCUGGUUUGGAGGCAGGACAAGGAAUCCUUGGAAUAUUGAGGAAUACUCCACUGGUUCAUCUGCUGGACCAGCUGCUUGCACCUCUGCAGGUAUGGUUCCAUUCGCUAUUGGUUCAGAAACAUCUGGUUCCUUAACUUACCCUGCUGCUCGUUGUGGGGUGACUGCACUGCGUCCCACAUUUGGAACUGUUGGUCGAACUGGUGUUAUGAGCAUAUCUGAGAGCUUGGAUAAAUUAGGCCCUUUCUGCAGAAGUGCAGCAGACUGCACAAUCAUUCUGGAUAUGAUACGAGGAAAGGAUCCGGAUGAUCUUUCAUCCCAGGAUAUUCCAUUGGUGGAUCCAUUUACAGUGGACAUAACAAAGCUAACUGUUGGAUAUCUGGAGGAUGCUGAGAUGGGAGUUGUUGAUGUGCUUAAAUCAAAGGGGGUGAACAUGGUCCCCUUUAAGCUGAAUUACACUGUUGAAUCUGCACAAGGCAUCUUGAAUUUUACAAUGGACGUUGACAUGUUGGCCCACUUUGAUGAAUGGCAGCGUGCUAACUUGGAUGAUCAAUAUGAAGCUCAGGAUCAGUGGCCUCUUGAACUUCAACGAGCACGUGUUAUACCUGCAGUAGACUAUGUGCAGGCACAAAGAGCGCGGGGGAAACUUAUACGGGAAGUCAAAGAAAGUUUCAGAGUUGAUGCAUUUGUUGGAAAUGCCACAGAUUGGGAAAGAGUGUGUGUGGGCAACCUUGUAGGUAUGCCUGUUAUUGUUGUUCCUGCAGGAUUUAAGAAGAUAUCUGAUCCACCAACAGCAGACACCCGAAGGAGAACUACAAUCACCACCGGUAUUUAUGCUCCGCCAGCGCGCGACCAUAUUGCUCUCGCAUUGGCAAUGGCUUACCAGUCAGUAACUGAUCAUCACAAACAGCGUCCUCCUAUUGAUGACCUUGGACCUAAUGACUCGGUUCCUAAUCCACCCAUUAAACAAAUACCUCCAAGGCAAUUACGCGGUUGAAGCCCCUCUUCUUAUUAUAGUCUAUAACUUCUGAUGCAUAAUGGUCAAUAUGACUGUACCAUCAGAAUUUUUGAAUUUUUGUUUGACCUAAAGAAAUUUCCUUUUUUUUUUUUUGGAGAAUUGCUUAAAUUCUUAAAUUUAUUUUGAGAAUUGUUUAAAUUGGCUUAAGCAUCCCGACGUUCCCCAUUUCAACAUUUAUGGUCCAGUUUAUUGCCCCCGAUUAAUUAAUUAAAUAAAUAAAAGGGUCCUGUGCUUGAGUUGAAUAAGUUGGAAUUGCGCAACAUUACCAUGUGAGGUUAGACUUUAGAGGGUGCCUGGUCAAAUGCAUUUUAGGAUGCUUCCUAACUGGGUGGUCGAAGUCGAACAUACACCUGUCAUGAUGGGCAUCCUUGCAAGAUAAUCUAGUAGAAAUCGAACUGGGGGAGUUACUCUGAACUUUGGGAAUUCAAUAUUUGGUCCUUUAUUGGUUAUUGUCUCUUUUUUUCCGAUGGCAGUUGGCAGGGAGGAAAUGUGGGAGCGGAAGAAGUGGAUGUUGAAAUGGAACUUUUGCUUCAUGACGUGAAAUUAAAAAGAAAAAUGACUUGCUUGGGACAUGUUUUAAAUCCGUAAAACUAGUAACAAAAUCUUCUUGAGCAUGUUCAAAAACCAUGUCAAUGAAAUAGAGAAUUAAAGAUGAAUUUUACUGCAAGUGAUCAGUAAUUUGAAACGUUUGGGGUGCUACUGAUAAAAUUGAAAUUUGAAACGAAAGUUUGAAAUAUGAAAUUCGAAAUAUGAAGUUUUUAA